AUGAGCAGUUCCUGUGUGACACUGGCCGAGGUCCUGUGGGCAAAAGGAAGCCCUCUGGAGGAAGAAGAAAUAUGGGCACUCUUGUACCUGGCCACAGUGCAGCUUCUGGAGGACCUUCACAAAGACUCUGCCACCUGUGUGAUUUGUCCAUGGUCAGUACUACUGUCUGCUGAAGGAAAUUUGUCCUUCCAAAACAAUGCAUCUCAGACAGAAGCUGUUCCUUUCAGUGCACCAGAAUUGCUCCAUAGACAAAGUAAAAACCAGCGCAUCGGACUAACAAAGAUGUUGGUGUAUUCCUUAGGAAUGACCCUCUAUUGGUCAGCAGACUACCAGGUUCCUCCAAACCAGUCCCUCCAGCUAAGUGACCAACUACACAUGCUCUUGCUGACACUAUGUGAAGAUCUGCCACAUAAAAGACUUUCUCCUGAAUCAAUUCUGGAAGCAUGUGAGGUGCAUCAGAAGGAAUCUGCUUCCUUACCUGCAAAUGUCUACAUAAAGAAAAUGGUCCAGUUUGCUGUGGGAAGUGUCAGUGAGGUAGAGCGGUUAGUCACCGAAGACAGCACGGCCUCUCAGCUUAACAGAAGUCAUGUGAUAAGGAAAAGACUGCAUGAGAAAAUAUCGGACACCUCACCACUGUCCUCCCAGAUGAAUUUUCACCAAGGCAACAACCCUAGCAUCCACUACAUCAGUUACGAUGCAACAAGGUAUGCACACCAACCGUUUUCAGGUCCAGAAUUUAUUAUUUUGUCUAGUGAACCACCCGUGACCUUACAGCUGCCUGGAUCAAUUGUGACUAAAAAAGGGAAAUCCUAUUUGUCCCAAAGGGAUCUCAAUGUGAUUCUACUCAACGGGCAGUGCCUUGAGGUGCAAUGUGACGUCAAGUCCAAGGCAAGAGAUGUUUUCAACACCGUGGUGGCAUAUGCAAACUUGGUGGAACAUUUCUACUUUGGCUUGGCUUACCUGAAAGGUAAAGAAUUCUUCUUUUUGGAUGAGGAGACCAAACUCUACAAAGUGGCCCCAGAUGGCUGGAAUGACCAACCUAAUUCUUUGUCAACCACUUUAAUGUUAUCCAGUAAGCUCCUCCUGUCUUCCUAAACCCUUUUCUGUUCUAGGCAUGGCUUGACAAGGCACCAGUUUUACCUGCAGCUUCGUAAAGAUAUUUUGGAGGAACGAUUAUAUUGCAACGAUGAGACAGCUCUGAAACUCGGCGCUUUGGCUUUACAGGCAGAGCUUGGCAAUUAUGCUUCUGAGAUGCAUGGAAAGAACUAUUUUCGUGUUGAAGACUACAUUCCAGCAAGCCGAAUAGAGAAAAUGACCCUGGCAUAUGUACAGCGAGAGCUUGCUAAAUUACAUCGUAUGAAUCGUUCCCUAUUUGAGGAUGAAGCUGAACUAGAAUUUUUAAAGGUGACUCAGCAACUUCCUGAAUAUGGAGUGUUAUUCUAUCAUGUGUCCCAAGAGAAGAAAGGAACAGGAGGGGACAUCAUCUUGGGAAUCUGUGCCAAAGGCAUCAUUGUGUAUGAGGUCAAAAAUCACACAAGAAUUGCCAGUUUAAGAUUCCAGUGGCGUGAAACAGAAAGAAUUUCAGCUCAUAGAAAAAAAUUCAUGAUCGAAAGCAGCUUCAGUGGCAAGAAACACACCUUCAUUACAGAUACAGCAAAGACAUGUAAAUAUCUACUGGACCUCUGCUCUGCCCAGCACAAAUUCAAUGCACAGAUGAAUUCUAGGCAACUUCGGCAAACUUCAUCAGAAGAAAGUAAAUUUAUGGAAAUAGACAAAUCAAAUUCUGCAUACGCAGCUCCGCGUGAACACCUUGCCCUGAUUCAGAGACUGUCUCGUUCAGAGAAUGUGCUCUAUGGAGCAAAUAUGGAAAACCUUUCUGCUGGGAUGAUGAGCAAAUCUUGUGAUAACCUCAGUGUGGAAACCAGCAACAGGACUAGAGACAAAAGUAAUCUUGGCAGGAUCAGUGGUAAUGGACUUCAUGAUAAAAUUGUCCUAUCAAUUCUGCCUAAAGUCUUUAGAGACAUAGUUCAGUACGCCCAGGACUCUCGCAUGGGCUGUUUUGUUUCUGCAGCACCUGGAUCACCAGCCAUCCAAAAGGAAGUUUUGCUAAGUGGUCUAGAAAGAGAAAUAAUUUGUGUCAGCCUAAAACGUGACCUUAAGAACGGAUUUGGUUUUGUAAUUAUUGGAGGAGAAAACGUAGGAAAAUUAGACCUCGGUAUCUUUAUCGCUUCAAUUAUCCCUGGGGGACCUGCAGACAGAGCUGGAAAUAUCAAACCAGGAGGACGACUCAUCUCGGUCAAUAAUAUUAGUCUUGAGGGCGUUUCAUUUAAUACUGCAGUUAAAAUCAUACAGAAUUCUCCCGAUGAAGUGGAGCUCAUCAUCUCUCAACCCAAAGACAUGUAUGAAGAAGGAUUAAAUGAAGAAAAGAAUCUAUCAAGAGGCAACAGCACUAGUGGAUCUGAGAUCUCUUGUGUAGACAGUGGGAGAAAAAAGAUUCGGGAUUGUCAUACAGCUCUCCCCAAAGGACAGGACAUAAAUAUAGAUGACCUUGAGAAGGCUCUUUCCUGGAGUUUAGCACCAAAAUUGGGCCCUAGGAUUCCAGUUCCUUCAGCUGAUAGCCUGGAUGUGGAGGAAGAUGAUUCUUUGCACUUACCAUCUCCAUCUGAAACCAUCUCAAAGGAAAUCUAUACUGUGGAGCUUGUUAAAGAAGAUGGGACUUUUGGAAUCAGCGUGACUGGUGGAAUUAACACUAGCGUGCGUCACGGUGGGAUAUACGUGAAGUCAAUUAUUCCCAGGGGACCAGCAGAUAAGGAUGGCCAAAUAAAGAUAGGUGAUCGCCUGCUGGAAGUAGAUGGCAUCAGCCUCUGCGGCAUCACCCACAAACAGGCUGUGGAACACCUCAAGAACUCUGGCCAGAUUGCCAAGCUGGUUCUAGAAAGAGGAAACUACCAGCUGGCAGAGCCAUGCCUGACUGCCAAUGACGGAAAACAGGACCAAUGUGCAGUUGUUUCUGUGGCAACAUCCAUCACAGAUGGUACCAAGGACUACUGCUUUUGGACAGAUGAUAAUACAUUUGAAGUCAAAUUGACAAAGAAUUCUGGAGGCCUCGGCUUUAGCGUUCUGCAAAUGGAAGGAGAUGCUUGCGAACACCUUGGAGGAGCUAUUGUCAGGAUCAAAAGACUGUUUCCAGGGCAGCCAGCUGAAGAGAAUGGAGAAAUUGAAGUUGGAGACAUCAUUUUAGCUGUGAAUGGGAAAUCUGUUCAAGGACUCCUGUAUCAGGAUGUCCUGCACUUGUUGCGAGGAGCUCCUCCAGAAGUCACACUACUACUUUGCAGACCACCAAAAGGUGUUCUUCCAGAAAUAGAGCAGAGUGCCCUGACUCCAGCACCAUCUCCAGUUAAGGAGUUUGUGGCAGAAAUGCCAGGCGGUACAGAGGUAGGAAAUAAUAUAGAUCAGUCUACCAGUGAUGGAGGCAGCACCUCUCCAGACCUUGAAGACUGCCUGGAUUCUCCACUGGCAGCAGAUUUCAGUGAGCCUCCUGAAGAGGACAGCUCAACUUAUGAAGAGCAGGAAUCUGAGUUUCAAGAGAAGCCCAUACAGAAACUUAUGACUCCCAGGGAAAGUUUCUAUCAGCGUCUUUGGAGGUUUCAUCAGGAAGCUGCCAAUUCUGAAGCCUUCCACUCCCUAGAGGAAGAAGUGAAGCAGAACUGCUACUCACCAUGUGAAUUUGGAUGGGCCAAAAGGUAA